AUUUAGAAUCUAAAAAAAUCGAAGAAGAAAAAGAUAAAGAAGGAAAUACUAUUAAAAUAGCAGAACAAAUAGCAGUAUCAUAUAGAUAUACAAUACAUUGUUCAGAUGGAAUAACACAAAAGCUA